AUGAGGAUGUGCAUAGACUACCGAUAUUUGAAUAGGGCCACCAUUCAAAAUAAGUAUCUGUUGCCUCGGAUAGCUGAUCUCUUUGACCAGUUGCAUGCCUUCAUGAGUUUGAUGAAUGGUGUUUUCAAACCAUUCCUGGAUUCUUUUGUUAUUGUCUUUAUUGAUGACAUUUUGGUUUACUCGAAGAGUAAGGAAGAGCAUGCCGACCAUCUUCGUAUUGUUUUGGGUGUCCUUGGAAAAUCUAAGUUAUAUGAAAAUUUUCAUAAGUGUGAGUUCUGGUUGACUUCAGUUGCUUUUUUGGGGUAUGUGGUUUCAAAUGAAGGGGUAAUGGUAGAUCCCCAAAAGAUCGAAGCAAUCAAGAACUGGGUUCGGCCUAGCUCUGUGACUGAAGUUAGGAGUUUCGUAGGGCUCGCCAUCUACUAUCGUCGAUUUGUGCAAAAUUUUGCUUCUAUCGCCACACAUUUAGCAAGGCUGACUAAAAAGGAGGUGCCUUUCGAGUGGACUGAAAAAUCUGAAGAGAGCUUCAGAAACUGA